UACUAUCACAAGCGCCUUUAUACCAGAGCUAAAUUUAGGACUUGGGAUCUGAACUACCUCCAUCCUGAACGUGUUUCCUCCACUACUUUCAAUUGGCCCGGCUUUCCAGCUGCAAUAUUUAUAAGUUAGCCCCCUCUACCAAUCACAUUUCUGCACAUGACUUGAAAACACUACUUAAAAAUAUCAGAAGUAAAUUCUCACUCAGACCCGACUGAGAUUUCCGAACAACGUGGACUAACUUCAAACUGGCAAAUUAUUGAUUUUUUUUGCUUUUCUGGAUAAUUUUUGGGCGAUGGCAUCGAGUGGAGUUAGUCUGCCACCCAUUUCAACGUUUGGGAAUCACGGACAGAAACAUUUUGAACAUAGGUGGAAAAGUGAUUUGCCAGUGAAACCACAUCUUCCCACCUGCGCUAUGGUUGAUAUUCUAAAUCAGGACAUCUUGACAAGUUCAUCAGCUUCAAAAAAGGAGGAUGACGACUUAAACAGCGUUUUGGAUUUUAUUUUAUCCAACAGCAUAUGUACUGACACAGCAGUAGUGACCCAUCAAGAGAGAGACUACCCUUCAGCAUCUACUGAAACUUUAUUUCAGACAAGUAACUGUACAGAGUCAUACAGUUUGCAUGAUCAGAGCUCUCCUCCUCCAUAUGGAUCCAGCCUAAUGUCAGAACUGCUUGCACCAGAAAUUGAUCCAAGUUACUGCCUUUCCAAUGUGCAGGGAAGAUUUCAUUUUACUGCAGCCUUUUCCAGUCAAAAUUUUGAAGACUGUAUCAAAACAGAGCCAAACAUGGGCAGUUAUGGACCUGUUAUGGGCAUGGUACCACAGCCUUGUCCAAAAAUUAAGCAAGAGGGUAACGUUUCUUGUAUGAUGGCUUUUGAACAACCAAGACUUGCACAUUCACCACAUAUUAAUGGAACUUUGACCCCUCCUCUAAGCCCUGAUGACCUGUUGACUGUUGACUGCUCAGCACAGGUAAUGUGCAACCCUCCCAUGUCUUUCCCACAAAACUAUCAGCACUCUGCUGGUUUCCCAAACCGGCUUCCUUACCAAAGUGCACCCCAAUUUGGCUUAUUUGAGGACAGACUUACCCUGCAAACAUCUGCAAAAAUGCUAACCCCUCCAUCAUCUCCUUUGGAACUGCUAGACUCUAAACCCAAGAGAGGUCGUAGGUCCUGGCCCAGGAAGAGAACAGCAACACACACCUGUACUUAUACUGGAUGUGGGAAAACAUAUACCAAAAGUUCCCACUUGAAAGCCCACCUCAGAACUCAUACAGGUGAAAAGCCCUAUCACUGUAAUUGGGAAGGCUGUGGCUGGAAAUUUGCCAGAUCUGAUGAACUGACCCGCCAUUAUCGCAAACACACUGGUCUUCGUCCUUUUCAGUGCCACCUGUGUGAAAGAGCUUUCUCCAGGUCAGAUCACCUUGCUCUGCACAUGAAGAGGCAUAUGUAAAGGGAGCAAACCUGAAUAAAACCUGGACAUUUAUUUAAUGGACCUCAUUACACACAGACAUAUUUUGUGUGUUUUAUUGCAACAAUGUAGCUGGUACUACUUGGGUGAAAAUCUGCAAAUAUAGAAACUUAUAAAACUAUUUUGCAGAACUGUAUUUGACCCACAGGGGCUGGCCCUAAGCAUCUCUUAAAAACUGGCAUGGCAUGGAUUUCAACUGGACUGUCUAAUGUCAUUUUUUAAAUCAGGGAAAUUUCUGUGAAAGUAUUAUUUUUUUAUUUAUAAAACCAUUUCUUGAUUAUGAGAUUCACAAGCUCUGUCUACUGUUGCAAGAAUGUUAUUGUAACUUCUUUCUUUAAUUUGUUGUUACUGUCUAUGAAAUAAGCUGUCAAAAGAAGCAUAUGACAACUGCCAAGAGUUCUACCCCUGGAAGGGUCUUUAUGAAUGUUACUAAUUAUGUGAAUUAUUUUUCUAUGAAAAUGGUCAGGGUAAUUUUGUAACGCGUCCCACUGAGUCUUUCAAAAGCAUUACAUUCUUCAGAUGUAAUGUUCUGUGUUCCAGCCAUGAGCUACACUAGUAUUACGGGGCUAGAUGUCUUGUACAAAUGAAUUCUGUUUUCAUGCUUGAAAGUUUAUAAUAAUAAUAAUUAUGUAAAUACUUUUGUAUGAUGUAAAAAAAAAGUAUUGUAUGAUGUAAAAAAAAAGUAUUGUAUUUUAAUGUAAGUAUUAAAACAAAUGAACUAUA